AUGCGCUUUGCAACUCCACAGUGCAGUGCUACUUCUACCACAAUAGCAUCGAAUGCGGACUUCCUGGAGAAUUCUCACUCGUAUUCAGAGACGAAAGAGCAUUUGCUAUCAUCAAUACCACGGAAAAAUUCUUGUCCACCAACUGAUUCAAGUGUGAACACUGCGGCAUCCCCGAAACCGCCUGCCGUGGUGCGUCAAAGCGUUAUGGACUACGAAACGUUUCUGCGACAAACAGCCCCAACCGAAUCCAGUGAUGCAACCCAAUCGGAAGCGCGUGAAAUCGAAGAGGACGAGGUUCGGUUUGACAUACAGAACCGUCUAAAGAAUAAAGGACAUACUAUCAUUCCCACUGAUCUACAACCCGGUAACACCCUUCCAACCGCAACAUCCCAAUCGAAAGCAGACAGGAACUGGAACGAGGGAGAUAACGAAGAAGAUAGUUUCUAUGAUUGA